AUGGGGAUCGUGUCGCCUUGGGUAGCCGUGGCCAAAAGUCCUAGCAAAGACAGAUUGCGUCCAUGUGCAGAUGGCACAAUCGAAGCUUCAGUGAAUCGCAUGCCUAUAUGCUUCCGAAUUCCCGUCUUUGUAUCUCAAACCAUAGUGAACCUAAGCGUUCUUUACGGCCACUAUGUGUUGGUCGCUCCUCUUACACCGCACACCGCCUUCCUUGGCAGAGAUACUAACACCCAGAACGGUGUGACGGAAGAUUUCCGAACAAUCUUGCUUCAUCUAAACCAUGACCAUGCAGACAAACAACGGGCUACAGUUCUCUCUCUAUAUGGCAAAAAUGCAAGGUAUAGACAUUCCUCUGGCGUGUUCCGCGGGCGUGGGCGCUGGGUAAUGUGUCGUCUUGGGUGUUUCAGUAUGGGUCAUCAGGUCCCAGCGGUAACAAUGAGUGAAGAUGGUGCCACUGCUGUGGGAGCCACCGCAUUGGGCGCCACGGCUGGUGGAGCCAUGGCCGAGGGCGCCGCCGAGGGUGCCACCGCCGACGUGGGCGUCGCUGUGGUGUGCGAGGACAAGGCCACCAGCACUGACGACGAGCUCCUCUUGUCCCCAACGCCCGGGGACUGUCCGGAGAUCAGUCUGGGCCCCGAGGGAUGCUACCGAUACAUGGCUCAGGCGGCUCAGAUCUGGGGCGCCGACCUGGUGGGGUUGGACCGGCCUCCCGACCGCCCCCACAGCGCCCGCGGCGGCCGCUACCUCCGCCACCAGGAGUCGCUCAGCAGCAACAGUGACGUCUCUCGUCCCAAGCGCCAGGUCAAGCUGAGGCGGCAGAGGACGUCCGAGUCCUACGACGCCGACCGGUACCGGAGGCCGAAGGCGCGGGAGCUGCGGCGUCAGUGGACCACGGACUCGUCGGACUCCGGCUACUCCAAGCGCUACUCCCGCGAACUGCUUCGCCGCCAAGACACGGAAGAGUCGGCGGGGUCCACGCGACGCCUCAUCCGGGACCUCCAGCGGCAAGCCACGACGGAGUCGUCGCCGUCUCUUCGCCUGACCCGCCAGUCGUCCGUGCGCAGCGGGUCCGACAACCAGAGCCUGUACCUCCUGAGGCAGUCCACCGUCGAGACCUACGACGACGUCUCCACCACCACAGACUUCUCUCGGCCGCAGUCAUGCAACAGCGGCCGCAACACCAGCACCGGGGGCGCCAUGGCGGACUACUCCCCCCACGCCUUCAUGCCCGACGCCGCCCACCAGCACGCCGGGGCCGCCGGCCAAUCCACCGUCCUGCCUGCGAGCGGUUUCCAGGCCCAGGAAAUGGUGUGCGGCUACGACUACAGCAUCGCCAUCCCCGCGAACAUUGGCGCGCCUCUGCUGUCCACGACCUCCUGCUCGCUCAUCAACCUGAGCGCGGUGGACCUGGAGACGUCGGACAUCCAGGAGAUGCACCGCAGCCUCCGUGCGCUCCGCCCGGACGCCAAGGACAGGACCAAGCGGAAGAAGGAGCGCAAGACGGAGGAAGACGACGCGCUGCGGAAAGCCCGGGAGCGGGUGAGCCGUCGGAAGGCGGACGACGAGCUGCCGCGGAAGGUCCGCUGGUCUAUCAUGGCCACCGGGCUCAUCCUGCUGCUCAUGUCCGUCAUCCUGGUCGGGGCAACACUCAAGAUGGCGCCGCUCAUCGAUGAGAUGGUUCGGAAGGAGAACCAGGACAUCCUGAUCCGGCUGCAGGGGCCCUCGCACGGCCUCAACACAACCGUCCCGCCCACCGACACUAGCUUCGACCCCACCCAGUCCUGAGGUCUCCACGACGCCUAGACUUCACCCUUCCUGUUCUCCCGCUACCGGUUAGCGUGGACUCCUGCGGCAGCCCGAAAGCGCGAUGUCUUGAAAGCAAUAUCAGCCUCGAAUCUAGGACCUGGGUCGCCGCGUGGCCGACCGCCUCCGUCGCUUCGCACUUCGGAUUCCUGUUCGCCAUCACGGUGCCACGGUUGCACAGUAGCCAUAGACCAAGGUCUAUGGCCUGUAGGUCGCCACUCUUUCUCGUCACUGGGUCUAAGUUUCUAUCAAGCAUUAUCUCCAUGUCUUCUUUUCUCUGUUCAAGCUCCUGAGUACCCUUCCCAUUCCUAUUCCAUAGCAUUUCCGUCGCUCAGACUUCUUCCCUUCCUCGAGCACGACCCUUGUUAACCUUCACCUCUGUUGCUUCUUCCCUCCUUCUGUCUUCCUUUCGCUCUUGUCACUUUUAGGAGAUAUACAAUUCCUAGUGUGAAUUUUUUGGCAUAGGCACGGAGAUCCUUGUUAGUGACUGACUUUGGCAAUAAUUCAUGUAUCCAUAUGAGGUACGAGAGACAGAGAGCAAGAAAAGAACCCCGGCAUUGGAAGUGUUGUGUCUUAUUUUUUCUUCUGAGAUAUACAUGCAAGGAGUCAUGCCACGUUUGAUCAAGUGAUGUGCAAGGUCAGCUGAGAUAACUCCUGCAAGUUUUACGAUUCUAACAGAUAUCAGACUUCAGUUUGUUAAGUAGACAUCCGUAACUAAAAGUGAUCUAUAUAAAAACGGUGUCGUGCCAAUUUGAACUACCUGCGAUUUUUGUUAAGUGAACACAAUCUCGUUGUAUUUGGCGAAGAAAAAAUUCUUUAAACGUAUUAAUGAUUUGUAAAAUGAAGCUCAUUAACAGCCACUUUCAUGUUGUAUGUACAUUUCACAGAAUAAGUAUGAUUUUAGGACGAGGCCGUGAGAAGCUCCACCGAGAGGUAUUCUUGUGUGUAUGUGAUGCAUCUGAUAUAUCUAAUUUGUGACGAGGAUGUAGAUGUUAUUAAUCUAUGAAUUUAGUAACAAAAACAGUGUAGUUUAUUAGACUGUGAUAGGAUUGUCGUAUUGCUUUUUUAUAGUGAAACAAAUAUUACUAUCUAUAAAUCAUAGAAACAGUUUACCAUAUGAAAUAAACUGAUACUAUAAAUGGUGAGGUCAUCUGUACUACGAUGUCUCACUUUUUUGCCUUGCAAUGUGGCGUCUGUUGAAUUAUGAUGUCUUUUCAAUGAUACAUUGCUGGAUUUUUCGGUGAAAGAAAUUGAAUUUCAAAUGUUUGGAUGUGCAAACUGCUGGAACAAUUGCUGCAUAUCGUGACUACAGUGAACAAUGAAAUAUGUGGAAUAAAUCCGUUGAAAUUUGUGACGAGUACUAUUAAGAGUAAACUAAACACAUGAUAUUUUCAAAAUACAGCAGAAACACGGAAAAUAAAUUGUUUGUAACUCAACUGAAAAUUGUGAAUGGAUGAUUUACACGAGUUGUUUGUAAACUGUAUUUUCAGUGGUUGUCAUUGGGAAAUAAGCUCUGCUUUGAUGAGAGGUCAAAACUCUGUGAAAUUUCUCGGUCCAUGUGAAACUGACUGACCUUUGACCGGGCGGACUGACCAGGUCAUCAUUUCGUAUCGCGACCUAGGUGUUUCUCUUCGAAACCCAGACAGAAGUUGCUCUUUUCUUUCUUCGUCAUCAUCAUCUUCCUCUUCUUCUUAUGCUCGUCUUCCUCUCCUUCCCUACUACUAUUACUAUUACUGUGCUAUAACUUCUUAAUUUCUACUUAUUCUUCUACCUCUUCUCCUUCUUCCUUUUCUUCUUUUAACCAAAGAUAUUUUGGUGUGUGAGAUACUUAGUAUAGGAUAAGUUGCACAUCAUCAACUAACAGUAGUAUUAGGAUAGCUGGACAGCCUCCAGAGAUCCCUCUUAAAACGUGACCUCGUUCUGUAAAAAAAAGAAAAAGAUAUAUAUAUGUUACUGUUUUAUCUAACUUUUAUUUUUGAUCCAGUUAUGGUUUUAAUAUUUUUCUAUAAAGGAUUUUGCUGAUGCAGAAAAUGCAAACUGAACAUUCACUUGCAAGAUAUUUUACAUACAAUUAAUGUUUGUUAUAUAUAUUGUUUGUUAUAUAUUUUAAUCUAUUUCAUGGUUGUGCGCUUCAUUCGAUAGUUUAUAUGUAACUGAAUCAGAGAAACAUUUGUGACCGGAACUCUCCUUGAGAAUUUUAUGAACUUCAAGUCUUAGAACUCAGCAUUAGCUCUAACACUGCUUAGCCUUCACUUUUCAAGCUGAGUUCUCUUUGCCUAAUAUUAGCUAUAUUUCGACAUACAUCAUGACGUAGUAUGUGACGUAGUUUGAUGACCGUAGACCGACGUGUGUACGAGAGCCGCACACCAUGGAACACCAUGUAUUGUUACGUGACAAUUACAGGCCGAUCUUGUUUAUACUACAGUUAGUGUGCUUUGGGCGGCCCUUCACCCAAGUACACUUCACUGAUAUGCCUCAAAUAAAUUUUUGAAUUCCAUACGUGUAGCCCUGGGGAUAAUGUAACCUGAUGAUAGGAUUAUAUUAUGAUUUAGAUUAUUGAUAUACUGCGGCUUUGGAGGUCAUGAAUUUCUCACUAACAUGUACACUGUGUGUCUUUAGAGUGAAGACUCAGUCUUUUCAUUAGAUUUAUGGUAACAACUAAAGCUCAGUUAACUGUUUAGAAAUGCACAUUCUUUUUCUAUAGUUGUCUAGUUCUGAAUACCGAUCUCUUAUUGCCUAUCUAGAUUAAUACAAUACCAAUUCCAUCAGAUGCAAUAGUUUGCUAUAUCACGAAGCUAGUGGUGAACUUUCCAACUGGGUUUUAGUGAAAUGAAAUAGGCGAUGAUCUAACUUAUACCAUGACCAUGCAGUAUUACCUACAGUAUUCCACUAUAUUAAAAGCUACAACUGAAAAAACCUCCGGCUGAAUUAAUGUAAUUUGUGAUCUUGACUUUGGUUCAUCUGACUCUUGACGUGACUUACAAACUCACUUAUAAACAGAUUCCAGAUGACCGAGAUUUCCACCAAAACCUGACUCAAAGACCGACCCUACUAGCAUCGACGUUACUACGACAAGAAGUAAGAAUACACACUGUGCUAUUUGCGGACAAAAGACAGAUUCUAGUUACCUGCGUUAGUAUCUGAGUGGUUGGCUGAUCGAAGCAGGUUAAGAGCAGUUAUGUUAUUUGUAAAUGAAGGAAGGAAGACGAAUCAAGACAAUCCCCGAUACGGUCUCCGCUUGCCCAAUAACAUCCUGGCAACACGGACUUCAAAAAAAAAGAAGUGAAAAAGAGGUACUUUACCAGAGAUAUAUGUUUGUAUGUAUAUACAGCUCUGCCAUGAUGAAUAUAAUCCGCAGACACAAGACGAUUAGAAGAAUCAAAAGAGAAUCAACUCUGAGGCGUACGUUACUGUUUGUUUCUUUGUUUGAUCCUUGAAUGUAUCCCCGUCCCCGUGUACUGUUGACUUGGUUUCAUUAAUGUUCAUGCUGUUCGUAUGAACUAUCUGGGUCAGGUAAUGAAGAUAUAGAUGAAAUAAAAAUAAUCAAGAAACUCUAUGUGCUACUGGAGCCAUAUUGAAAAAAAAACUUUAGUCGAGAUCGAGCUUUCUGAUUGGUUUAGACUCAGAUUGGACAGCCAAUCAGCAAGCUUAAUCUUCAGCAUUUCAGACUACUAAUAUUCUUUAUUCUCAGUAUUUGUCUGAAAUAUCUUACUAUUCUUGCCCUGUUAUACUGUUAACAGUUUAUAUAACAUUACAUUUAUUUUUGUAGGAAACAUCGUUCUCGUGUUCCGUAGUUCGUUUCUCUUAAGCACUGAUCAGAUGGAGAAUUCGUCAUCUGGCCCUAAUCACACAGGGUAACCAAUAAGCUAUUUGAUAAACUAAGAUUCGUCAGUAUAAUGAAGAAUUCUCGUCGAUCAUUAUUUAAGCCACCAGACAAUUAUUCUGAUGAUAUACACAAAUGUGAAUAUAUGAUAUAGAUAUAUACAUAUGACACACACACACACGCACACACACACGUACACACACACUCACACACACACUCACACACACACACACACGCACACACACACGUACACACACACGUACACACACACGUACACACACACGUACACACACACGUACAGACACAUACACAGACAUAC